AUCACUUCGCCAUAACAACGCCUAUAAAUCCGUCUCUCUUCCCGCCGAUUCACACAACAGUGUUAAGCGUGUUUUUACAAUUCUCAACCAUUUUCGUCUCAUCCCAUCCCAUCCCAAAAACCGUUCCUCAUUCGCAAACCCUAAAUCCCACUUUCUCUCUCUUUUUCUUCGUUCGCUUCGUCAAUGGAACUUCGUUCUCGUCGACAACGCGCUUCCGAUGAAAUCGAUUCCGUGACUGAUAAGGGGAAGCAGCCGAUGGAGGAUAUUGAUGAAAAGUUUGACUUUAAUACAGAUGAAGAUGAUCAUGUCGCGUCUGUGAAAUGCGAUUCUGAUUAUGAAGCUGAAGAGAUUGGUGGACAGCUCCCCUUUGACUUGAAUCGAGAUCCGACUAUAAUCAUUAGUGAUUCUGAUGGAGAAGAUAAUACUUCUGAUUCAUCUGACUUUAGCGGGCCUUCAUCUAAACGGAGAAAGACACGGUCCAGAAAGAGAGGUAGUAAAUCCAAGAUAGAAUCUGCAGACCUGAGUGGUGUAGAGAGUGCGCUGGAGUUCGACCUGAGUGGUGUAGAGAGAGCGCUGGAGUUCGAUCAAAGUUGUGUAGAGAGAGCGCUGGAGUUCGACCUGAGUGGUGUAGAGAGAGCGCUGCUGGAGUUUGAUGAUGAGUUAUUUCCAAUGGUUUCUGCUGAAGAGGCUCCAUUUGAUUUACCUUUACCUAAGCUGCCAAGGAAGAAAAAAGCAAAGAAGACAAAAAAGGGAGAUCCUAAACCAGUGUUGUUAUGGCAUGCUUGGAAACAGGAACAUGAGAAGUGGAUCGAUCAGAAUUUGCUGGAAGAUGUUACCCUCGAUCAGAGUGAAGUGAUGAAUGAGACGGCCGAGGCAUCGUCAGAUCUGAUUGUUCCGUUGCUGAGGUACCAAAGGGAAUGGUUAGCAUGGGCUUUGAAGCAGGAGGAAUCUGUAACCAGAGGAGGAAUCCUUGCUGAUGAAAUGGGUAUGGGGAAAACUAUUCAAGCAAUUGCCCUUGUCCUUUCUAAACGGGAAUUGCAACAAAUGUGCUGUGAACCAUUUGAACACUCAGAUUCACCCGGGUCAUCUAAAGUCCUUCCUGUGAUCAAAGGAACUCUUGUCAUCUGUCCCGUGGUUGCCGUCACUCAAUGGGUUAGUGAGAUUGCUCGAUUUACUUUGAAAGGAAGCACGAAGGUUCUGGUUUAUCAUGGGCCAAAGAGAUGGAAGAGUGCUGACAAGUUCUCGGAAUAUGAUUUUGUAAUAACAACAUAUUCUACUGUGGAAUCGGAGUACAGAAAGCAUGUGAUGCCUCCUAAGGAAAAGUGCCAAUAUUGUGGAAGAUUAUUUCACCCGCCUAGUUUAGUUUUUCACCAGAAGUACUAUUGUGGGCCUGAUGCUAUUAGAACAACAAAACAAGCAAAGCAAACCAAGAAAAAGAAAAGAGGUCAGAGUUCAAAGUUGGAUGGAGAGUUGGAACAGGGCUCUAUCAAAAAGAAGGAAGAGGAUCUAGAAGGCAAUGACAAGUCAUUUCUCCAUGCUGUGAAGUGGCAAAGGAUCAUAUUGGAUGAGGCACAUUUUAUAAAAUCUAGGCAUUCUAACACUGCAAAAGCAGUUCUUGCCUUAGAGUCUUUCUACAAAUGGGCAUUAAGUGGUACACCCCUUCAGAAUCGUGUUGGAGAGCUAUACUCUUUGGUACGAUUUCUACAGAUAGUUCCCUAUUCCUAUAACCUGUGCAAGGACUGUGAUUGCAGGACACUUGAUCAUAGCUCCUCUAAAGUAUGUUCAAACUGCUCCCACAGUUCUGUUAGGCAUUUUUGUUGGUGGAACAAGAAUAUUGCCACACCAAUUCAAUCAUCCGGCUAUGGUGAUGAUGGGAAAAGAGCUAUGAUUUUGCUCAAAAACAAACUUUUAAAGAGCAUAGUCUUAAGGCGAACUAAAAUAGGCAGGGCUGCUGAUCUUGCACUUCCGCCUAGGAUCGUUUCAUUGAGGAGGGAUAGCCUGGAUAUAAAAGAGCAAGACUAUUAUGAAUCACUAUACAAUGAAAGUCAGGCACAAUUUAAUACGUAUGUCGAGGAAAAUACUCUGACAAAUAAUUAUGCUCAUAUUUUUGACCUCCUCACACGACUACGUCAGGCUGUGGAUCAUCCAUAUCUUGUAGUGUAUUCUCCAACUGCAGCAGCACGGCAAGGUGGGAACUUGGCUAGUAAUGGUGAUGUUGAACAAGAAUGUGGCAUUUGUCAUGAUACUGUUGAAGAUCCAGUUGUUACUUCUUGUGAGCAUACUUUUUGCAAGGGAUGCUUGAUAGAUUUCUCUGCUUCCUUAGGACAAAUAUCAUGCCCCUCAUGCUCUAAAUUACUCACUGUUGAUUUGACUUCCAACAAGGAUGCAGUGGUUGAUAAAACAACAACAAUUAAGGGUUUCAGAUCUUCAAGCAUUUUAAACAGGAUUCAGAUUGAGAAUUUUCAGACAAGUACUAAAAUAGAGGCAUUGAGAGAAGAAAUUAGAUUUAUGGUUGAAAGGGAUGGUUCUGCAAAGGCGAUUGUUUUUAGCCAGUUCACAUCAUUCUUGGAUCUCAUCAACUACUCCCUGCAGAAGUCAGGUGUAUCUUGCGUUCAAUUGGUUGGAAGUAUGACAUUGACUGCUCGGGAUAAUGCCAUUAAGAAAUUUACUGAUGAUCCAGACUGCAAAAUUUUUCUCAUGAGCUUGAAAGCCGGAGGCGUUGCUCUGAAUUUGACUGUAGCAUCUCAUGUUUUCCUCAUGGAUCCUUGGUGGAACCCUGCAGUGGAGCGUCAGGCUCAAGACAGAAUUCACCGGAUAGGGCAGUACAAACCAAUCAGAAUUGUGAGAUUUGUCAUUGAAAACACAAUCGAGGAGAGGAUUUUGAAACUUCAAGAGAAGAAGGAACUGGUAUUUGAAGGGACUGUAGGCGGUUCUUCAGAAGCCCUAGGGAAGUUGACGGUGGCCGACUUGAAAUUUCUCUUUGUUACUUAAGCUGGCCUGAUAGCUUAACUGGAAAAUUUGUUGAUGCUUGAUAUACAUUUUUUGGUGACUAUUUUUUGAUGAAAUUUAUCAUGCAACUGCCAUGUAGCUUACCAGUAUCUAUGAGCAGUAAACGCAUUAGCAUUAGCGUGAAACAUGAAUUAUGCGGGUGUUGUGACUUUUUUUGUUAACUAAAAUGAAAUAAUGGGUAUAAAUUUGGUUGAACCAAAUACUUAAUUUUAAUUUUUUUUUUAGGUUA